AUGAAGACUGCAUCACGGGCACGCGACUCUAGAGGCUUCACCUCUAGCCAUGGCUCACGAUUAUCCAUUGACCCUGAUCAUCAUGUUACCGAAGCAAUAGGGGAUAUGUAUGGCGAGUACAUAGAUGAAGAAGGACGAAGACAAAGCUACAUUCUACCAUCGGACGCAUACCCAAACUCUUCACGAGGGGCUAAGAAUAGGAACAGCUCUGUGUUUUCGGCAACAGGCGCAAGCGGGUCAGGGAGAGAUCGGAGUAGCGGCGGGUCUCAGGGAAACGAACUGUUGCCGGGCUCAACAGCACUAGCUCACCGCUCACCGUCCCCGUCAAGGUCACCCAGUGAAACUGCAAACCAAUUCUUUCCUCUUCACGACACCGACUACGAAUCCGAUCCGGCUGCUGUGGCUCAGGAGAUAAGCAACCUCCAGGCCCUUCGUCGGAUGUCUAUGGACGUCACUUCCACGGCCGAUCCCGACUUGCCGUCGUUCAACUCGUUUAUACCAUCUACACCUCCGGAAGAUGGUGGUGAUCCGGGAAGCGUUUUUUGGGUUCCAGCACGCCUACAUCCGGAACUUGCCCCGAAGGAAUUUAGUGCGUAUCUGGAGGCGAAGAAGAAUGAGAUUCGUAGACCACAACGGGAUGGAUCUUUAUCACCAGAUGGGGCGGAGGUCAGCGGUGGUCCUGGGCUAAGGAGGAAGAAAUCAAUGCUAUCAAAACAAAUCGAUCAUUCAGAUGGUGCAAAGGGAUACCGGGAUGGAACGGAGGCACUGGGGAGGCGGCGGUCUGGAAAGGAGGGGCCGCCUCAGUUACAGCUGGAAGACUUGAUGAACGAUCCAAACACACUUAUGCGGAAAUUGAGUGUUGAGAGAAGAAACGGGGAAGGCGAUAUGCCAAUAUUACAAGCUCACCCAGCAGGAGCAGGGCUUCGGCGGUCAACCAGAACGACGUAUAGGAGAGGAAGCCUUCGAAAAGGGGAAUCUUUCACGAAAAGACAAGUAAAGGCUUCAGAAAUAGAUACUGAGGAAUAUACUGCAUCCUCACCUCUAGUUGGGAGACCCUCAGGGUUUGGGUUGCAAAGGGUAUCAACGGAGCCUAUACCUUCAAUACCGUCCCAUUUCUCCACCAAGAGCCAACCAGAGGGGCAAUCUUCGAAGCCAACUCGUUCUGCUAACAAGAAGGUGCCGGCCACAGAACCAUCCGCCAGUUCAAUUGACCUAUCCAAUGUUUCCACACCAACGCAGCCAAAACCUUCUGGUGAUAGUAAGCAUAAAUCUGUACCACCGCCACAAAAACAAAGGAGAAGGGCUUCGUCACCAAAAGGGACAACUAGGCCCCGGACAAGUGAACUCGCACCCCCGGUACCGCGCAUUGUUGAGACACCCCCGCCAUCGGAAGAACCUAAAAAGAUAGUCCACCCUGAACGCCAUUCUUCGCUAGAUCCCCCCUCGCAAACGAAUAAGCCUCCAAAACAAACACGACCAGCUAUGGUAAGGACACCUGGUGGUUCUGCGGCCGAUUUGUCGAAUGAAUCUAUCCAAGCGCCGUCAACUCCAGCUCCAGCUCCAGCUCCAGCUCCAGCUCCAGCUCUCGCUUCAGCUCCAGCAACCCCGCAACCAGGCAAUCUCACAAAAGCCAGCCAGCUUAUGACGGUUCCGGGUGCCAAUACAGUGGAUGACAGUAAGGAUAAGAGAAGACCGGACUCUUCAGGAAGUGGAGAGUCUUCGAGAAAAUCAAGUUGGGGAUGGUUGUUAGGAGAUUCAGAGCACAAGGCCAAAGAUAAACACGAUAGGGAGAAAGAAGAGAGAAGGGAGAAGGAAGAGAAAGAGAAAGAUAAAGAGAAGAGAGUGCGGAAAGAAAAACGACCCAAAUCAUCGGACAAAUCAACAGAGAAAUCAACAAAAGACCAUGAUAACACUCGCCUUGAUCUUCUCCAAAAGUCUAUAGACCUAGGUAAUACCGGAAAGGUAAUAACUGCCGACCCCGUUGGGACCAAAACGGAUGAAAAGGCCGAUAAAGAAUCCAGAAAAUCCCGUGGAGAAGAAAAGAAGGACAAGGAUAAGGAAUCAGGGGGGAUCCUGUCGUUCUUUGGGAGCUCACGGAAGAAAUCUGGAGGUGAUACCUCUAAAUCAAAGAGUGGCUCAUCCAGGAAUCCGUCUCCGUCUCCUUCGCGCGAGCAACCACAGCAAAACUUCUACUACACCAGGUUUCCGAUACAUAUUGAGCGGGCUAUUUAUCGGCUCUCUCAUUUGAAGCUUGCGAAUCCGCGGAGACCUUUACAACAACAGGUGCUAUUAAGCAACUUUAUGUAUUCAUACCUUGCAAAGGUACAGCAGACACAACCGCAUCUGGUACAACAGGCUACUACUGCACCUAGUCGAGAAGCACGCCAUCGGGAGAAACAGGCCCAGGUUCUAGCCCAAGAACAGCAGAAUCAACAGCAGCAGCAGCAGAGUCAGCAGCAAAAUCACCACCACCACCAGCAGCAGCAGCAGAGUCAUCAGCAAACGGAUCCACAGGGGAAUCAGUACUACCAGUACGAGGAUGCCUCUUCAAAGGGCGGAACCGACUAUGUGGACGACUCACAGAUGUACGAAUACGAGGAUAGCGGGAAUGAAAGCACUGAUAGUAGACCCCAAUCACGAGCUUCGCGGCGCGACCGGCAAGAAAAAAGCAACGGUCACUAUGAUAAUUCUGGAUCAAAUCGAUCAGAACACAACAAUGGGGGGAAGCAUUCCCAUCGAGCUGGAGGCGAGGGCUCUUCAAGCAGUCAGGACAAAAUAGCAGGCAGUGAUGAUAUGUGGUGA